UGCACUGUUUCUCUCUCUCUCUACAUUUCUGCAAAGCUUCAAAAGGAAUCCAAACCCUACCACCUCGAAGUUCCCUCCAAUGGCGAUCGCAUCUCCGUCGGCUCCGACCUUCUCCGCCUCCUUCUGCGGCGGCCGCGCCGACCCCGCCUGCCUCACCCGCUCCCCGCCGACUGCCGCCGCGUUCCCCACCCCCAUCGGCGCCUCGCCGCCUCGGCGCGGCUCAACUCCUCCAGCCCCUCCGGCGCCGGCAGCGGCUCCGUCUCGCCGGACAACGGCGACCUGAGCCAGUACGAGCUCCACCACGCGUUCUCCUCCGCCGCCCGCCGCUGGGGAGGGUCGCCGGUGUUCGUCGCGCUCCCCACCGAUGCCGUGGGCCCCGGCGCUGGGCAGGUGCGGCGGAGGAGGGCGAUGGCGCAGUCGUUCCGGGCCCUCGCGGCGGCGGGCGUGGAGGGGGUGGUGAUGGAGGUGUGGUGGGGGCUGGUGGAGAGGGAGCAGCCUAGGGUUUACAAUUGGGAUGGAUAUUGGGAGAUUGUGACGAUGGCGAGGCGAUGUGGAUUGAAGGUUAGGGCAGUGAUGGGGUUUCACCAGUGCGGCACUGGGCCUGGGGAUCCUCACUGGAUACCUCUGCCUGUGUGGGUGCUUCGAGAGAUGGAAAAAGACCCUGAUAUAGCUUAUUCAGAUAGAUUUGGAAGGAGGAGUAUGGAAUACAUUUCCCUAGGAUGUGAUAUUCUUCCUGUGCUGCAAGGACGAUCACCCAUUCAAGCAUAUGCAGAUUUUAUGAGGAACUUCAGGGAUGCAUUUAGGCCCUUCUUUGGCAACGUCAUAACAGGAGUUCAAGUUGGGAUGGGUCCUGCUGGUGAAUUAAGGUAUCCUUCAUGUCCUUCCCACAAGCUGAUGUGGGCUUGGCGGUCGCGUGAACUUGGAGAGUUUCAAUGCUACGAUAAGUAUAUGCUCGCAUCAUUAAACGCUUGUGCACGAGAGAUUGGAAUGCAUGAAUGGGGAAAUGGAGGCCCUAUUGGCACUGGCAAUUUGAUGCAGGACCUGGAGAAUACUGAGUUUUUUAAAAGUGAUGAUGGCUCUUGGAAUACGGCCUAUGGUAAAUUUUUCCUUGAGUGGUACUCGGGGAUGCUGCUUUUGCAUGGAGAGAGGAUAUGCAGGGAGGCUGAGACCAUCUUCCGUGGCAUUGAAGUGAAUACAUCAGCAAAAGUGGCCGGAAUCCACUGGCACUAUGACACAAAGUCUCAUCCAUCUGAAUUAACUGCAGGCUAUUACAAUACUUCAACGAGAGAUGGCUACCUACCAAUCACUCGCAUGUUUGGUAGGUAUGGAUUUACUUUAUGCUCUACGUGCUUUGAGAUGCAGGACGUGGAAGAGAAGCAGAUGAACCCGGUCAGUAGCCCAGAAGGCUUUCUCAGACGGCUCCUUUUGGCUGCUAGGGUCUGUGAGGUAGCUCUUGAAGGUGAAAACUGCACAAGCAAUUUAGACGAUGGGUCGUUUCAACAGGUCCUAAAAAUGUCAAAGUUUUACUCAGAUGGUCUGGAAAAGCCGUGCUUUUCGUUCAACUUUGUCAGGAUGGAUAAAAACAUGUUUGAAUACAACAAUUGGGUGCGUUUUACUCGAUUUGUCAGGCAAAUGUCUGUUGCCAAAAUUUUUCGAGCCAGACUAGGUUCCCAUGAUAUCCAUUCUUCAGCAGCGGAUUCUGCAAAACUCGGAUUUUCUUUUGCCUACAGCUGAGGAAGGAAAGCCUCCUUCCUGUCUCGUUGGAUAUUUAUUCUAUCCAUGCCAUCUGAUGUAUAUUCUCAUACGGAAUUCAACCUUGGUCUAGUGUUGUGAAAUGUGUAGCAAUACCCAUUUUUCAUAGCCAUUCUAUGUGCUCGUCACUGACAAAUAGAACUAUUUGGUGUACAACAACUUCAUAUUGCCUUACCAUGAUUUUUCAAAUGGCAGGCCUAUAUUAUAUUCACAUCAUUUUGAAA